UACAGCGCGAACCUGUUGUCAUGGAAACACAACAACAGAAGGCUCGCGCUGGUUUGACACGCUGCGACUCCAGACAGAAAGCUGACAGGAAAAAGUAGGUCACGUGGAGAUGGCGAACAGUGCUGAUCUCUCAACACCUACAACUGAACAUGAGCCUCAUAGUAUUGGCACACACACAGAAGAGGAAGGCACUAUGGAUGACAUCUUCAGGUUUGAGGAUGACUUCCCUGAUUGGUCCACAGGGUUUGACAGCUCUGAGUGGGAAGUGAGUGACGGUGAAGAUGGAACUGACACAGGUGAGGAGAAGCCAUACACCGACAAGAAACGCAUGUUCAAACUGAAAGGGUUUCUGGGUCAACUGGACACCUUUUACCAGCAGAAGAAACUGAAUUUGCUACAAGCCAGGGAGGAACUAAAAGCAUUUCACCUUCAUGUGACUGAGCUAGAGGAAAAUAGAGACAAGAUUGAGUUGGAUAUAGAAAGAGAGAAACAAGCUGAGAACAGCGUGGCUCUUCUCCGGCUACGUGCUCAGCACAAGCGCGUGUGCGCCGAGCUGCAGGCGGAGGAAGAUCUGGGCGCUCAUUUAGCCAUGAUCGUGAAAGAGCAUGAGCUGGAGCUGUGUCAGGUGGAGGUCGAGCUGGGUCACUUCUUGGCUCUGCGUCAGGAGCUUGAGCUGGAGGAGAAGAACGUCCAAUCUCAGGACAAGAAGAAACAAAAGCUCAGAUUCCAGAGAGAGAAGAGCAUUAUCAAACAACGUAGACACAAAGCACAACACGACAAAAUUGAACGUGAAAAGGUUUUGCAACAGCAGGCAGAAGUCCACAGGAAACAACAGGAACAGGCUCUUGCUAGCCAUCUCAAAGCAGCUGUCUACCUCAAACAGACUCUACAGAGGAUGAAACAGAAAGAGGCUGAGGCUGAAGAGAGGAGGAAGGAGCUUAUAAAGAAGAGGCAGACAGCAGUGAUGACACUUAAAGCCAGUUUCGCUGCCAGUCAGGAAACUAUGUUCACUAGAAAACAACGACAGAAAGCCUAUGAACAGAAACAGAGAGAGCAAGAGCAACACAUGAAAGAGUCUCUGGAGGCCAAAGGACUGAACAGUAUUGAAUACAUCCACAGACUGAGACUGCAGGAGCGCUUCAACAAGAAAAAAGCGGAAUUUGAAGAUACACAGAGAGUUGGGAAAAUGGAGAUUGUGGCUAAAUUGCUCUCGGAAAGAAACAUGAAGGAGGGGCGUAGAAAAUCUCCUGUACUGAGCCGUGAGAAAAAACGUGAUGAGAAACUCUUUCAGAACAUACUGCCUCCAACUGCACACACAAGGAGAGAGGAAAAGCAUGUAAUGUCAAGUCCCAGAGCAUCUUGCGUCAGGUCCUACAGUGACAGUGAUGUCAGUUCCUCUUCAGACUCUGCAGAGCUGAAGUUGGGCGAGUGUGUAGAAAUGGAGGUUGAAGAUAAAAUAGAGAUGAGCCUGGCCCAGCCCGAGUUCACCGGUCUUUGGGAACACAAACACAAAGAUGAUAUGGCCACAUCAGAAGAUCUUGAAACAUUUUACACCACCAUGAAGACUGACAUGAACAAAGGUUUGGUUUCAAAAGCAGCAAAAAAGACUAUAAAGCGUAGAGAAUCAAAAGGACCACCAUUCAUCAGCAAACCAGAGAUUAUUCUGUUUAAGGAUUGCGAUGUUGGGAAGGUCUACAAGAAGAAAGUCACACUCACCAAUGUCACAUACACGACUAAUUACUGUAAGCUGUUGGGAGUGUCACAGAAUCUUAAAGAUCACGUGUCAGUGAGUUUCGAGCCACCAGGGCCCAUGUCUGCAGGCAUGGCUUGUGAACUGGAGGCUAUAUUUAGACCUUUGCUCGAUGUGGAUUUGGAUGGUGAGAUUCACUUUCAGUCGGCUACUGGGCCUUUUUCUGUGGCCAUAAAGUGCUCCAAGAAAACGUGUGAGAUGGUUGUUGAUCACUGUCUUGUGGACUUUGGCACUCAUGUGGUCGGACAGACAGUUUCACGAGUAAUCACCAUGACCAACAGAGGGGCUCUAGGCACUCGUUACACGCUGACACCCGUCUCCACCCGUCCCCUGCAGCAAACCUUCAACAGCACACUGGAUUCUGGUAAAACCGGUAGUUUAGAGAUGCCCAGUCUGAAUGCAGAGAACACAGCAGACAUCCCAUCAGGCAUAGAUCUCGGACCAGGUGUGUCUCCUGUCAGCAGUCACAGUCCUGAUGAGGUUUUGACCGCUGAUCUAGGAUCAGUGGAUACUAAAGCGGAGCAGAGCACCUAUGAGCCUGCUGAGUUUAGUAUUGAGGAGGUAUGAACACACUGACCUGUUUACACACAUUUAAGAAAUCAAAUCUAGAAAGGCAAAAAUCGAGUCUGGUUCUCAAAGUUAGAAUUUAUUUAUUGUGCAGACACAUUUAUCCAAAUUGACUUCAGGUCCAGUAGAGAGAGAAGCUAGUGUAACAAUCUCUGUCUGUUUAGUUUCAUUGUAUUUUGGUUUCGUUUGCUACUUAGUUCCCUUAGUUACUGAUUACGUUCACCUGUUGUUCAUUUACUUCCCUCGUUAUCUCUGUAUAUUUAAGUCCUCAGUUUCCUCUGUUCUGGGUUCAGUGUCAUAUGAGUUUAUUUGGUUGUGUUAUUCUCCUGAUGAAUCUCCUAUGUUGUCCAUUUUGUAUUUAUUCAAGUUUCGUCUACUCUUUUUCAUGCGUUUCAUCACAGCUACCAACUGUUACAGAUAGAAAACACAAAGAAACCAACGAGUAUAAAUACACAGGAUAAUAAUGAAUCAAACUAGAAACAGGUGGAGAACAUAAUCAAUAACAAACAAGGGAAUACUUGGUAACUUUGGUUGUGCCCGAAAUUGCAUACCAUCUUGAGUAGGUACUUAUUUUGAAUAAGUACUUACUUUGCGACUGCUGAAAAAGUACAUUCUAUAUAGUAUGGAUGUGUGUAGUAUGAAAGUAAUCCAGACUACAUUCACCUGACCUACCAGCGUCAGUUGCAUCGUUUCAGUGCCAAUCACAAAUCCUCUCUCGUUUAAUGAGUUCUGAGUACUAAACACAGGAACUGUGAAAUUAAAAUAAGAGUCCUUGAACAGAAAUAGUUGUGACGCUUACAAAUGAGUAAUACAACAAAGAGCUUUACCUGAAAGGGGGCAGAACCAUGAGAAGUGUAACCAAGGUUACCAGAGUAAUAUAGAAAUAAAGUUAUUAAUAUAUAAACAUACUAAUAUAUAAACAAAACUAUUGAGAACUACUUAAAAACGAGUACUAUUAUAAAAGAAAAUAUUAAUUUUAUAUAAACAUAUAUUUUACUUGGUUAUUAAUGUGACCAAUAGAGAGUAGCUUUUAAUACAACGUGAGCCAAUGAGAGCGCAGAAUGUGGCGCAGCGGAGAAAUUAGUUUCCGGAUUUUGCACGAGGUUUGCUCGUGGAGUCAGAGGCAGCUCUCUCUAUCGUGCAUAGGUGCUGAUGAGCGCGGUGUUUGCUGACGCUCCGGGGAACAGAAACAUAGAAAUAAUCUUCUGGAUGUGUUUUAUCGAUGGAUUGAUGUAAGUGAAGUGACGCAUUUUAUUUUCCAUUGGUUGUGAAUGACGUUGAUAUUGUAAUGUGAGUGAAAUGGACAUUCAAUUUGUAAAAUAUAAAAGUUAAUGGUGAUAUGCAUAUACUUUACUAGCGACAGAGUGUUGCUAAAGUGUUUACGAAGUGUAUUUUUGAUUAAAAAGGUUAAAGAAAAGGGUUUAAAUCGGACGCGUUGUAACCGCUCCAUUCUGGAAUUUUCUGUGAGUUUAAAGAUCUCCUUGGUAAGUCAAUUUGCCUUGUUAUUCAUCACAAUUGAAUCAUUAUUAUUGUUUAAGUGGAAAAAGCAAGAGAAAUUGAAUUUGUGACUGAUUUAUAUAUGAAAAAAUGUGUAAUGCUGUCUUUAGUACAUACGAGCUAACUGUGUGCUCAAGUAUGUGACGGAAAGUUGUCAGUUAUAUAAUAAUUAGUGCGCUAUGUUGGAAAAAUAGUCACAGACGUUGCAUAUAUGAAGAAAAUAUUCUUUAUUUGAAAAGAUACAUGUACAUAUAUUCAGAAUACUCAAGUUCUGUGUAAUUUGAAUGAUGUAUAGUGAUUGAUAACUUUAUUGUAUGUUGUUACAAUGAAGAUAUUCAUGAUAUUUUCAUGACCUUGUUUGUUCAAGGUCAGGUUUUUUGUUUUUGUUUGGUUUUGUUCUGUUUUUCUUGUUCUGCCCUUGUCCAAAAUUGGAUUGCUGUCCUGUCCGAUGUGACGAGAUGUACCGAUGCCUGUAUUCUGGAUUUGUCCCGGCCUUCCAGUGGUUUUGAGGAGGGUUUGGACUGGCGAGCCUCCCUUGAGUUGUUCUUGGAUUUUCUGUGGAAACAAAAGAUUUUCUGAACUCUGCGAAUGGUAGGAAAUCGAAUAACUCUUCUUUUUUUGUGUUUUGGAUGGAGAUGUUCCUCAUGGACAAAGAAAAGACAUUUGUACUUCUAUGGACCAUUUGAAGAACUGUUUUUCUUGAAAGACUGAGAAAUUGAGGAUUUUGAGAUCAAAGGACAUUAUUUUAUUUCAUUGAGAAGUGUCAAUUUUCUGGGUUGACAAGUGAUAUAUUGUUUGGGUUUUGAUACUUGAACACUAAUUUUUGGGUGAAUCGAACACUGAGUUAAAGUGAAUAAAGUACUUACCUUGUUGACAAUCAAGGGAAAAGUUUCACGAAACCUGUGAAAAGAAAAGAUUGAUAGGAAAAUUCAGAAACAAUAUUUUCAAUUGUGAAAAUAUAUAUAUAUAUUUUUUAUUAUUUCA